AUGUCAUUAAUAACACCUGAAAUCCUGGCACUUAUAGAUCCAGUAGUGUCAACUUUGAAACGUCAUCAGGUUGAAGGUCAUAAAGAAAUCGCCUUGACAAUUGCUCAAUUGUUAAUGAAGGUUAUAUCUGCUGCAAGAUGGUCCAAUAUCUAUGAUUUAAUUGAACUUAUAAGACAAGUUGGAGUCAUAAUUCAUAACGCUUACCCUAGAAAAGUUAUUUCAGAUAAUGUUGUUCGUAGAGUCUUAGCAUUAAUUAGAGAUGAAAUUGAACCAGAACAACCUACUGCAACUACUAAUACCAAUACCACCACAACUGAAAACAAUCCAAUGAUGAGCUCCAUGUUUAGUUUGUUAUCAACAAAUAACAACAAGAAUGAAUCUAUUAAAGAACAAAAACAGCCACAACUGAAAAAACAAACAAGUGAUAUGAGAUCUAUUAUUAUACAAGGUAUUAGGGAUUUAAUUGAUGAAAUUUCCAAUGUUAAUGAAGGUAUAGAAAAUAUGGCUGUUGAUUUAAUUCAUGAUGGGGAAGUUUUAUUAACUCCAACUCCAAGUUCAGAUACUGUUAUCCAUUUCUUGAUUCAAGCCAGUGCAAAGAGAAAAUUUAGUGUUGUCGUUACUGAAAAUUAUCCAAAUGAAAUCAAAGCCGCUCAUAAAUUUGUUAAAACAUUAGCCAAGCAUAACAUUGAAACUAUAUUGAUCCCAGAUACCACUACUUAUGCUAUAAUGUCAAGAGUUGGUAAAGUUAUAAUAGGUACCAAUGCUGUGUUUGCCAAUGGGGGUUGUUUAUCAAGUUCUGGUGUGGCUAAUGUUGUCGAGUGUGCUAAAGAACACAGAACUCCAGUUUUUGCUGUUGCUGGAUUAUAUAAAUUGUCUCCAUUAUAUCCAUUUACUAGUAAUGAUUUGAUUGAAGUGGGGAAUGCUGGUAAAGUUUUAAAUUAUGAUGAUUUCCAAUUGGUUGAGAAUGUUGAUGUUGUUACUAAUCCAUUAGAAGAUUAUAUACCGCCUCAACAUAUUGAUAUUUUCAUGACAAAUAUCGGUGGGUUUGCUCCAUCUUUUAUUUAUAGAGUUGUUUUGGAUAAUUAUAAACCAGAAGAUAAUAAACUUGAAUAA